CCUCCGUGCGUCGGGCCCGUGGCGAGCCAGGCUCCCGUGGCCGCGUGCUGGGAGGAGGUCGGAGCCCAGCGGGGAAGAAUGGAGUUGGCGACUGGCUCGCAGAUCCCUAAAGAAGUGGCUGACAUCUUCAACGCCCCCAGUGAUGAUGAAGAGUUUGUCGGUUUCCGAGAUGAUGUUCCCAUGGAAACCCUGUCAUCAGAGGAGAGCUGUGAUAGUUUCGACUCACUGGAGUCAGGGAAGCAGCAGGAUGUGCGUUUCCAUUCCAAAAACUUCACAGAAGAGCUAAGAAGAAUUUUUAGAGAGGACACUGACUCAGAGACGGAAGAUUUUGAAGGAUUUACGCAGAGUGAUCUGAAUGUUAACAGUAACCCAGAAGUAAUGCUCGUGGAGUCAGAGCUGAGUGAUGAUGGUAAAGCAUCUUUCAUGAGUGAGGAAGAGGAAGAUGAUGAUGAAGAAAAGGCUCCACCUAGAAGCAGCAGGCUGAGAAGAAGCAGUAUUGGUCUUCGAGUAGCCUUUCAGUUCCCCACCAAGAAACCGGCAAAAAAUGCCGAUAAGAACAGUACCCCUGAGCCGUUGUUUUCUGGCUCGCGCAUACAGGACAGUAAGAAUGGAAUUCUGGGAAGACAGACAAGCUGCAGACAGGGGAAGGAAAGGGAAGAUUCUGCCUCUGAGUCUGAGGACGACUCCAGGGAUGAGGGCCAGGAGAGCUCGGAUGCCCUGCUGAAAAGGACCAUGAACAUCAAGGAGAACAAAGCCAUGCUUGCUCAGUUAUUGGCGGAAUUGAACUCAAUGCCAGAUUUCUUCCCGGUCCGAACCCCGAACUCAACUUCUAAGAAGAAAGCAGUGAGGCGGGCCUUCUCAGAGGGACAGAUCACACGGCGCACCAACCCGGCCCGGAGCGCACGGCCUCCCGAGAAGUUCGCCCUGGAGAACUUCACCGUGUCGGCCGCCAAGUUCGCAGAAGAGUUUUACAGUUUCAGAAGAAGGAAGACAACGAGCGGGGGGAGAUGCCAGGGAUAUCGACGACGUCGCUGUGUAUCUUCUUUUCGGCCAGUGGAGGACAUCACUGAAGAGGACUUGGAGAACGUGGCCAUAACUGUUCGAGAUAAAAUCUAUGAUAAAGUUCUGGGUAACACUUGCCACCAGUGUCGGCAGAAGACCAUUGAUACCAAGACGGUGUGUCGGAACCAGAGCUGCGGUGGGGUGCGAGGACAGUUCUGUGGGCCUUGCCUGCGGAAUCGCUACGGGGAGGACGUGAGAUCGGCGCUGCUGGACCCGGGUUGGGUGUGUCCCCCCUGCCGGGGCAUCUGCAAUUGCAGUUACUGUCGGAAGCGUGAUGGUCGCUGUGCCACAGGCAUCCUCAUUCACCUGGCCAAGUUUUACGGUUAUAAUAAUGUUAAGGAAUAUCUGGAGAGCUUACAAAAGCAGCUGGUAAAAGACAAUUAAGAGAAGAACCAGCCAGCUCACCAUGGAGGACUCCGACAAGACAUGCCAUUUGUGCCUAAGAUUUCUUAUGGUUGUGUUUGUAUACAGAAAUUCUUUGUAGAUCUAAAUACUUUUUUUUUUUGAAAGAUUGUUUAUAUACUUCAAAAGAUUUCUCAGGAAGAUGAGAGAGGAUCGACAGUACAUGUAUAUGCAGGCCUGUUUAUAGAUUGAAUUGUGAAAAGCAUCUGCAGCUGAUUAAAAAAAUCAUAGUUUAAAUGGGGUAGAGUUACCCCAGAGGAAACAUUGUGUAAGCAGCUCUUGCCUUUGUUGCCUUGAUCUUUUACCUCCCAAACCAGUCCCUGGAGGCCAGCU